AUGCUUCCCCGAUCAGCCCUUGACGACUCGGGUUUCGAUACAGGCAGGCGGUCGAGAAAUUCCAGUGUGACUCUUGCUGAUGGCAUCGAUCAAAAGCAAGUCAUCGACGGAAUUCCAAUCAUGGGUUUCACGAACGAAUUCGACCAGCCACUACGGUCUCUGCACGGACCCGAUAUUUACCCAACCAUUUCAAGUUUCGAUACAAUCAUUCAGAUCGCAGAAAAGGACGACAGAAAAGCGAUGCAGAGAGAAAGGUCCGUGUUUUGGCAAGGAGCCGAGCGCAAGGGUCAGUUUCGAGAUGCGUAUGCUUGGAUUGCAUUUCAACGCUCAGAGACAGGUGAAUUCUUUCUGUCUGAGAGAGCUCGAUUGCGCCUCGUUCCCAACUGGAUCUCUUUAGCAGGCAAAAACUACAAGAAUUUAGGGCAAAAUACAACCCGACAUCUUGGCAUAGAAAAACGUGUCUCUCGCACCCAGCACACGGUGGCCAAUUAUGAAUUCACCGUCCCAAUCAAAAACCUUCAAGACUCAGUCCGGAAAUUGCAAGCAGUGACAGAAGAUCUGACUAAUCUCUGGGCUAAAGCGAAGGUGAAUUUUACUAGUCUUGAAGCUUCUGCCGCUUGCGCAGCCUCUGCAGCCUCUGCAGCUUCUGUGGCUGUCUCCGCGGCGGCCUCUACAGCGCCUCUCGCUACACAAAAUGAACCUCAAGUAGAUGAAUCAACACUUGCCACUAUCACCCAGUUGAUGUCAACUGUUCCUGGACUGGAGGAAUCUUUCACGGGCAUUGGUUUAUAUGCACCAGCAGUGAAUCCCGAGAUGAGCGCAUCCGCUAUCCAGCCGACCUCUGCUGUUGCAUUAACAGAGGGGCGGCAGAAGAAUCUGCCCGUAGAGCAGCCUACUUUCACGAGAUCAGCUUCGGUUCCAACGCUUAUGUCCAUGCAGCCGAAUAUAACUUCAUCAUCUAUAUCGCGGUCUUCAGAAGCAGUGGUUCCAGAGCAGCCGUCAUCGAAUAUCUCGGUGCCCGACCCUUUGCGAGCUAGCAUGUCGUCAACUUCAGCAUCCACUUCAGUUUCCUCAAAUGCUGAAAGCCAACAGGGACCGCCACUGGCAGAUCUGUCAAUUUCUGGAGUCUCUGCUCCAGGCGUGAUAGCUUCUCAGUCAGCUUUGACGAACCAUUUGGACGAGUUCUUUUCGGGGAUCAUAGAUCCAUCGGCCCUUGAAAGCCCAACAUCGGAUUCUACAUCCCUGUUCAUAAAUCCCGGGUCUGUCGCUCGGGUGGAACCAGUGUCAGAAACGAUGAAUCAGCCGGCCAUUACAAUCUCCGAGAUACGUCCAGUACCCGCCCUUUUACCGUCAACUUCUAUCGCUUUAUUGACCAGCCCUUCAUCCACAACAAUAGAUCCAAUGACCCUCGCAGUCCCAGGGAUGGAGCCGAUGAAAACAUUUUUCCAACAGACUUCUGCCACAAAGUUGGAGCAGUCACCAAAAUCAGCUGUUCCUGGAAAAAGGCGCCAUGAAAGCUAUGAUCUUGGAAAUGCACCUCCUUCGGGACUCAUUGGAUUUGGCUUUGAUCCCCAUGCAGACAGAGAAGUGCACAGCAAACCAACCCCGGACGAGAAACGGCGGCGCCAAAACCACCCUAAGCCUGAUGCCCACCAGCCAACACCGUGA